AUGGCGGUCCCGAACGGCCAAAUUCCCAAGUAUGAGGCGCGCCCACCAGUGCCAAUUCUCGAGGCGCCCAAGCUAAGCGUCAAGCUGUCAGCCACGGAGCUUAUCGGCAACACCCCGCUCGUUCGCCUGAACAAGAUUCCCCAGUCGCUCGGUAUCGAGGCCGAGGUGUAUGCCAAGGUGGAGCUCUUCAACGCCGGCGGCAGUGUCAAGGACAGGAUAGCGCUGCGCAUGGUUGAGGAGGCCGAGAAGAGCGGGAGGAUAAAGCCUGGCGAUACCUUGAUUGAGCCCACCAGCGGCAACACUGGUAUCGGUCUUGCUCUGGUUGGCGCAAUCAAGGGCUACCGUACGAUCAUCACCCUCCCCGAGAAGAUGUCAGCCGAGAAGGUGUCGGUUCUCCGUGCCCUGGGCGCUACCAUCAUCCGUACGCCGACCCAGGCUGCCUGGGACGCCCCCGAAAGUCAUAUCGGUGUUGCGAAGCGGUUGCUCCAGGAAAUCCCGAACUCCCAUAUUCUCGACCAGUACACAAACGAGAACAACCCGCUUGCGCAUGAGUUUGGUACGGCAGAGGAGAUCUGGGCGCAGACCGGGGGCAAGGUGACUGCUGUUGUGGCUGGCGCGGGUACUGGUGGCACUAUCUCUGGUCUUGCCAGAGGGUUGAAGAAACACGAUAAGAACGUCAAGGUCAUUGCAGCGGAUCCUCACGGAAGUAUCCUUGCGGUGCCUGAGGCGUUGAAUGAGGAACAGGCCAACAUCCCUUACAAGGUGGAAGGCAUUGGGUAUGACUUCAUCCCUGAUGUGCUGGAUCGUGAGCUGGUCGACAAAUGGUACAAGACCGACGAUCGGGAGUCCUUCCAGCUCGCCAGGCGCCUCAUCGCUGAGGAGGGUCUCCUGGUUGGUGGUUCUUCCGGCAGCGCGCUGGCCGCUGUGCUAAAGGCGGUCAAGGACUUCAAGCUCGGCAAAGGGGACGUCGUCGUCGUGAUCCUCCCGGAUAGCAUCCGCUCGUACCUUUCCAAAUUCGCGGAUGACGACUGGCUCGCUGCCAACGGCCUCCUCCCCGACGACUCCGACAACAUUACCGUCUCGACACCGGCUGCCAAGACACCCGAUAGCCCGGUCCUCGCCCGGAACCGCAGCCUGAGCAACGCCGAUGCCUACGGCGGCGCAACCGUUCGCGCCCUUCGCUUGAAGCCCGUAUCGUCCGUCACGACGACCAGCUCCUGCUCCGAAGCGAUCGAGACCAUGCGUGACAAGGGCUUUGACCAGCUGCCUGUGCUUGCGUCUGCGGGUGGGAAGCUUGCUGGGCUAGUCACGCUCGGUAAUUUGCUCAGCUACAUCUCUCGUGGCCGUGCCAACCCCCAAACGCCUGUGAGUGAUGUGAUGUUUGACUUUGGCCGCAUUGAUGAGGUCGUGACGGACCCGAGAAUGUUUGGAUCCGAUCUCAAGGGGAAGCAACGCAAGUUUAUCGAGAUCACCAUGGACACGCCGCUUUCGGCCCUGAGCAGGUUUUUGGAGUGGAACAGUGCGGCCGUUGUAACGGAGGGCGGCCAAGGCGAGGUGUCGAAACCGGUUGCAGUAGUGACCAAGGUUGAUUUGUUGACCUGGAUGGUAAGGCAAAAGUCUUGA